AUGAGUGACGCGUGUUCAUCCAGCAACGCCAUUGGUCCUAGAGAGCACCCUUCCUAUGCGGACGCAGCUCCGCACCGGGCCGCGCUCAUGGAGAAAGGCGAGGAUGAGAGGGGAAUAGCCAGACGCAGGGACAGCUACCUCAUCGAUGAUCAGCAGGCUCUUGAAUUUGCCUGCAUCGGAUGCUAUGUCAUGCAUACUCCUCGGUUGACUCUGAUUACCUCGCCGAAUUCUUACGAAGAUGUUAAGGCAGUUGGUGGUGCAUUGUCGUACUUUUACCGUACGUUGAACGUGCAUCUGGGACAAAAUGCCUUCGUGAACGUCCCGCGCCGUUGCAAAAUUCCGAUGGAUGUGCUUAGAUACCUGUCCCUCAUCCUUCAGCCUAAAAUAGGGAAGACGAGAGUUUCUGCCCAAAGCGACGAUGAGUUCCGUUCUCGCGCGAAAUACAAGGAUAUGAACUUCGAGACUGGGAGGAAAGAUUUGACGAUGGUGGAUUGGUGUGUGUUGCUUUUCUCGUGCUCUCCCCCUUCUUCCAUUUCAAGGAUACUUCACGAAGACCUCGGACUCGAGAUCUAUCACAUGUCCCCUCAAUCGUUUCCAACGCAACACAACCGCAAAAAUCCCCAGCCAACCCAGGCCCGCAAAACACCUCCUAAAAAGCGCACUGGGACCCAGUCGGUCCGGCAGCGGGCGGCACGCGAACAGACAGCUUGGGACAGCGGGAAGGUACAUCUUGAUUGGUUAUGUGGGUUGCGUUACACUUCUCCUAAAUACAAGGAGUCUCUUUUUUUUUGGACUGGGGAUUGUGGGCUGGGUUACCUUGACUUUGCGCAAUCAUGCGAGAAGAAUUGUGCUUGCUUGGCCCAUGAUGUUUACAUUGAAACACAUUUCAUCAUCAUCGAACGCCUUGCAAUGCCAGAUCAUACGGUGUGCUGCUUGCCGUACCCAUACCACCAUGCCAAUGCAAAAAAAAAAAAAAAAAAGAAACAGGGCGUCAACUACCAAGCCCGCUUUAAUAGAAGCGUGAAAGCACGCGAAGAAUCAAUAUGUCCAAAAUCCAUUCAAGAGCAAAAGACUGCGAAAACAAAAAUCUAG